GGUUGCCGAACGUCUCCGGGGGUACCCGAAGCUUCUCCGGAGGUGCCCGAAGGGCUCCGAACCGGCCGUGCCGGCGCGGAGGCGGCGGGAGCGGCGAUGAAGCGCGGCCGGGGCCGGGCCCGGGGGUAGCGCGGCCGAACGAGCGGCCAUGGCGGCCAACAUGUACCGCGUCGGCGACUACGUCUACUUCGAGAACUCCUCCAGCAACCCUUACCUGGUGCGGCGCAUCGAGGAGCUCAACAAGACGGCCAAUGGCAACGUGGAGGCCAAGGUGGUUUGUCUGUUCCGGCGGCGCGACAUCUCCAGCAGCCUCAACAGCCUGGCCGACAGCAACGCCCGCGAGUUCGAGGAGGAGUCGAAGCAGCCGCCGAUGACGGAGCAGCAGCGGCACCAGCUCAAGCACCGGGAGCUGUUCCUGUCCCGCCAGUUCGAGUCGCUCCCCGCCACCCACAUCCGGGGGAAGUGCAGCGUGACGCUGCUGAACGAGACCGACAUCCUGGGGCAGUACCUGGAGAAGGAGGAUUGCUUCUUCUACUCGCUGGUGUUCGACCCCGUGCAGAAAACGCUGCUGGCGGACCAGGGCGAGAUCAGGGUGGGCUGCAAGUACCAGGCCGAGAUCCCCGAACGCCUGGCCGAAGGUGAGUCGGACAACCGGAACCAGCAGAAGAUGGAGAUGAAGGUGUGGGACCCCGACAACCCGCUGACGGACCGGCAGAUCGACCAGUUCCUGGUGGUGGCUCGGGCUGUGGGGACGUUUGCCCGGGCUCUGGACUGCAGCAGCUCCAUCCGCCAGCCCAGCCUGCACAUGAGCGCGGCCGCGGCCUCCCGAGACAUCACCCUGUUCCACGCCAUGGACACGCUGCAGAGGAACGGCUACGACCUGGCGCGGGCCAUGGCCACGCUGGUGCCGCAGGGGGGGCCGGUGCUGUGCCGGGACGAGAUGGAGGAGUGGUCGGCCUCCGAGGCCAUGCUCUUCGAGGAAGCCCUGGAGAAGUACGGGAAGGACUUCAACGACAUCCGGCAGGAUUUUCUGCCCUGGAAGUCGCUGGCCAGCAUCGUGCAGUUCUACUACAUGUGGAAAACCACGGACCGCUACAUCCAGCAGAAGAGGCUGAAGGCAGCGGAGGCCGACAGCAAACUGAAGCAAGUCUACAUCCCCACCUACACCAAACCCAACCCCAACCAGAUCAUCUCGGUGGGCUCCAAACCCGGCGUCAACGGGGCCGGCUUCCAGAAAGGGCUGAGCUGCGAGAGCUGCCACAGUCAGUGCGGGCUGGGGGGGCCCUGGGGGG